AUGUCUAGACUCGCAGAUGGCAAUGAAAAUCGUUUAACUGGGGCAGGGACUGGAAAGGGUGGCGAUGGUGGACGCGGCGGCGAUAAGGGUGGAGGUGGCGGUGGCGGGGGUAAGGACGGGAAAGAUGGUGGUGGCGGGGGUAAGGAUGGACAAGGAGGAGCUGGCGGUGGUAAGGGUGGUGCAGGUGGAAGCGGGGGCGGAGGUCGUGGUGGCGAUGGAGGCGGCAAAAGCAAGGAGAGCGGUAAUGAAAAUAAAAGCGAACGCGACAAGAAAGACGAUCAAAGACGAGGACAAGAUGGCGAAGAUGGAGCUGGAAGCGGGGGACGAGGCGGGCGUGGUGGUGGUCAGGGUGGAGGUCAGGGUGGCGAAGGUGCAGGCAAAAAGGCGUAG